AUGAGUAAACCGAGAUGGUUUCAAGUAUUGACAGAGGAAGACUUAGAUGGAAACUACCAAAAGCAUACUUGUGGUUUCCGAAAAAACAUCUUCAGGUUCGAGUCCUGCGACGUAGUGUGCCCCGAGGGCAUAGAUCCCAACCAUAUUCAACCUCAUGUUCAAGUGUGCACCAUGCUUGAUCUUAACGCCUUUGAACUGAACCAAAUCUCUGAUCUCUUUGAUUGUUCCCAAAUUCAAAAUCAUGGUUACGUUGGAGGGAAGCAGUUUAUAAUGUUGAGGCCAUGGAGAGACUGUGUAAGAAAUACAGAAGGUUGCACUAAACAUGUCCAAGGGAUUAAUUCCAAGUUCUGCACUUUCACCUGCAAGAUCGAACAUGUUUUGGAGCAUGAAGGUGAUUUGUCCAGCAUUACUAGACUUUGGUCGUCGGAGGAUGAUUCGAGAGAACUGUCAGAACACGUUGGUGAUUUAGCAAUCCAUCCUUGUGGUGAUCCAGAGAGAAUCUUUCCAUUAAAGAAGAGGUCUCGAAGAAGAAGAGAGUUUUUUGACAGCUACUACGAAGACAUCUAUGCAUCAUACUAGUUUCCGAGAUAUCUCUUAGUUCUAUUAGA